CGUUGGCGUCCAUUGCUGGAAAACUUUGUUCUGCGUCGUCAUUGUAACAUUGCGCUUUACAGAUCUGUUUGAUUGGCUUGUAUCGGGCGUGAUUACUGAAAGGCUGCAAUGUGUGUUGAUAUUUUUGUUUUACGUGGUCUGAAAGUUUCAUAAUUGUCCUCUCAAUUCUGUAAUAUGGCUUGAAACUGAAACUUGAAAAAUGCAUGGCAGCAUGGCGACUAAUGAGCUGUCAUCCCGCGUGAUAAGAUGUAAGAAAUGCAAAUUCCUUGCAUGUUGUGCGAUAUCGUUGUUCAUCGAGGAAAACGCCUGUUUUUAUUCCGUGAAUAUAUGAGUACAUCUUACUGUAUUUUGAAAGGUAUAGGUGCUUUUGAAAUAUACUCAUUUUGUAACUUUUUGAAAGAAGUAUUCAAUACCUUAUCAUAAUAUUUGAUUAUGGAUACUCGCAUUUCUCUCAGUUCUCUGAACCCUCAUAUUUCGUGUUCUAUAUGUAAAGGUUAUUUAAUUGACGCUACAGCAAUUACUGAGUGCUUGCAUACAUUUUGUAAAAGUUGUAUUGUUCGACGACUCGACCAAAAAGAUGGUAAUAAGUGUCCUAAAUGUGAUGUUGUCAUACAUCGCAGUAAUCCUUUAUUAGGUAUCAGGCCUGACCGCACUAUGCAGGAUAUUGUUUAUAAGUUGGUGCCUAAAUUACAGUGUCGUGAAAUGAUAAGAGAAAAAAUUUUCUGUCAAAUGAAAGGCAUUGCAUAUCCUCGACGAAACGCCAAAAUUAAAGAAAUGCAAACUCCCGAGUGUCAAACGAAAUCUGUUGAUGCCGUAUCUGAAGAUCGUGUUUGCAUUCAGUUAGAAACUAAAACUAAAGAAUUGGAACCUUUGACCAGGAAAUUCAUUUGUUGUUCUUCUCGCACCACUAUUACGCAUGUUAAGAAACUUGUUGCUAAAAAGUUAUUUUGUGACUUGAGAAAAUAUUGUUCUGUUGAUAUCCUGUGUAACGACGAGAUUUUGGGAAAAGAUCAUACUCUGAAGUUUAUUUAUGUGACGAGAUGGCGUUUCAAAGAACCACCACUUAAACUUUAUUACCAGCCUCGAGUUGACAUUCUGAGUUGAAAUCAACACCAAACUACAUGCAUUUGCUAUUUAAAAAAAAAAAAAAAAAUCAAAAUUUUGAUGCUCAUUUCUGUUUUGAAAGUAUUUUUGUGAAAAUAUUUUUUUGUAAUUAAGAAAAUUGUUAAGUAUAACAGUUUUUAUAAAGUACAUGAGCUUGCUGUUUACCAUUUGUAUAUAGUUUAUAUAAUAAACAUUAUAAUAAAUCAAUAUUCACCAGUUAUCUUAAAUCAUGUGGUUAUAAAAGAAGAUUGAACAUUUUUAUUGCAUUUAAGAAUAGAGGAUUUUUGAACCUGGUGUCUUCUGUGUUGAAGUGUUAUUAAACUUAAUAGAUGUCACACAACAAGAAAUAAGUUGCAAUAUAUGUAAUAUUAUAAAAUAUGUGUAAAAUUCCAGAUAUUUUUAAUGAAGGUACAGAUGUGUGUAAUAAUUUGAGAGUUUCAAUAUUUAUUUUAUUUUUUGUAAAUUUGCUGAUUUUUAUUACCAUUAUUUGUUUCAUUUUGGAAGUAAAGGAAUUAUGGUAAAUAUGCUGUCAGGUAUAAUUUUUUUAAAUUUCCGUGAAAUUGAAGAAUACUUUUGCAUUUCAGUAAUUGCUGACAAAUUUGAUAGUCAGCUUACCUGAAAAAUAUGUAAUAAGUAACAUCUGAUGGCUUAGAUUUAGUUAAAAAACAAUCUGCUUAAAAAAAAUAAGAAUUUUUAUAAGGCAUUUUACAGAUAUUUGAAGUCUUUACAAUUGUUGUUUCUUGUACGAAUUUUAUCUCUGUGCCAUAUUAUUUUUAAUUAAAUCACAUUUAAAGUCAGCCAUUUUAUCAGAACCCUUCUGUGAUUCUUUUCUUUAGCAUGUCAUGUUUCCAAAAUACCACAAUAUAGUAAACUCCCAUUUAAUUGACCCUGUCUCAAAAUAAAGUUGAUUUUGUUUAUUGUAGAA